AAAGGAUGGACAGGACACUCAGGAUGAGUUGCAGAGGAGAAACCUCCGGGAAGAGUUAGAAGACCGUGAGCGGAGACACUUUUCUUCAAAAGAUAAAGGCUAUGAGGACAGAGACCGGAGAAAGGGUGGUCAACUCCUUUUAGAAGGGGGCAAAAGAGAGAUUGAAGAUCGCAUUGUUCCACGCAGUGCUGACGCUGAUGAUGCUGACGUCAAAAGUGAUGAUGAGAGUGAGGAUGAUGAUGACGAUGAUGAUACAGAGGCUCUCCUGGCAGAGCUUGAACAGAUAAAGAAGGAAAAAGCUGAGGAGAAACUUCGGAAAGAACGGCUAGAGCAAGAGGAGGAGCUUAAAGCAAAGGAAGCAGAACUGUUGAAGGGAAACCCUCUAUUAAACCAGCCAACAUCUUUCAGUGUGAAGAGAAGGUGGGAUGAUGAUGUGGUCUUCAAGAAUCAGGCUCGCGGGGAACUGAAGGCGGCCAAGCGCUUUAUAAAUGACACCAUUCGGAAUGACUUUCAUAGGAAGUUCCUGCAGAAAUACAUGAAAUGAUAGUAGGAUUUAAUGUGAAAAAAGGCAAGCAACAAACUUUAGCGCCUAGUGGAUAGUUUUGUUGAGUUGUUUCUCAAAUGUCCUCUACAUCAUUCUGUUGAAACACUCAACUAUCCCUGUGUAAUACUGCCAUUUUUAAACUAGCUAUUCACAAUGAGAAAUUGAAUACAUUUCUGUUCUCGAUUC